AGAAAUAUGUUUGUCUCAGUGACUAUAAUCUCCAAUUACGCACGUGCUUGUUUUCUCUAUAGCAUUGCUGCUUUGUAUGUUGGUUUUAAACAUUUAGUUUAAAUCCGUUUUAAAAUAACAAAAUUACACAUUUUACACAGAAGAAUCCACACAUUGAGACUUUAACUGUAGCCUAUAUUUUUACGCUAUCAUGUAUUAAAUUGUAGCAGUAGAUUAGGAAACGACAGGGAACGUUGUCACAUUGGGGUAAUUUGUCACAAUGGAACCUUAACCAACCUGGAACAUUACAUUAACCGAAUGCAAUAUUAAACAAUUUAGUGGCUUGAAAUGAAGACAAAAAACGAAUUAUUUGAACACACAAAACUGUAACAUAUCGAAAUAAAACCUAUUAAAUACAACUGCUUAAUUGUUUACUCAACAGUUCAUUGUUACUCAACGUGUUGAUAUAGUCACUUUUGAUGAGUGGACAGAAUUAAUCUCGCGUGUGCAGCUAAAUUACAAAAUAGUUGAGCUUCAUAGGUAGGCCUACUGAAAUGUUUCUUCAAUGCAGCAGCGUAAUAUUGCAUAAAUACAGCAGACUACAGCGUUACGGAUCCCGGAAGUGAACACCAAACAUGGUUGUGUCUAUAAACGAGAAGCUGACAGGCUGUCGCACGUGAUUCAUCGCGGCUUUUUGGCUUCAUUUCUCUCGUUAUGGACCUGUGAAUCCUCCGGGCGUGGGAGGGCACCGGGGCAGCCCGUUCCCAAGAACGGCAGCUGUCAAGCGCGAGGCUUUCCCCGAAAAUACACGCGCGUGCGCACGCCCGUCCGCCCACGGGGAGCUGCAGACAUACCGACGCGCGCGCUCGAGGUGUGACAUUUACUGCUGAAAACACACACAUCUACUGAAAGAUUACAAUAAAUACAAUGUGUUUGUUUGCUUAAUGUCAUUCAAAAAGUUUUUUUUAACAUAAAGGAAUUACAAUUAAAAUGAUUUGGCGUUUACGUGUUAAAUCCUGUUCAUGUUACACUUCUGAGAUGGUGUAAAGCAGAGGUCAGUGUGUGAUGUUCUCAGAUCAGCUGAGAGUUUCACACGAGCUGUUACUGUGAGACCUCAUGAGAGUCGAGCUGUGAUUCAGGGAGAGACACUGACCCUGGAUCAGUGUGGGCUGUUUUUCUGGCUGUUGUGUAAGAUGGAGACUGAAGACGUUCAGAAGCUUCACACCACCCACACAGGAGCUCCAGAGUCUGCUGCUAUGCUGCCGGUGACGACAGAUCUGUUGACACAGGGUGGGAAAGACAUCGCGUUUGCAGACUACAGUCCAUUGUGGAAGAAUCACCGGCGUCUGGUGCAGUCUUCAUUUACACUGUUCGGAGAGGGAUCCAGUAAACUACAGACCAUCGUUGUAGAUGCUGCAGACAGUCUGUGUGAGGAGCUCCAGGCCUGUAGGGGGCAGUGUUUAGAUCUCAGUCCUGUUUUAAUGAGAGCCGUCACUAAUGUGGUGUGCAGACUGGUGUUUAACUCCUCGUAUAAGCCCAACGACCCUGAACUCCUCAAGGUCAUGGACUACAAUGAUGGCAUCGUCCAGACCAUCGCCCGUGGAGGACUCGUCGACAUCUUCCCCUGGCUGAAAAUUUUCCCCAACAAAGACCUGAGCAAGCUGAAGCAGUGCGUGUGUGUUAGAGACCAACUACUACACAAGAAACUACUGGAGCACAAGGUGACCCUCACCCCUGGAGAGCCGCGUGAUCUGCUGGACGCUCUUCUGAUUGGUCAGAUGAAGGGGUCAGGUGGAGACGAUGACAUCACAGAUGAUCAUGCGCUCAUGACAGCAGCCGAGGCUUUUGGAGCGGGUGUGGAGACAACAUCCACAACACUGCUGUGGGCCAUCGCCUUCUUACUGCACCACCCGCAGGUGCAGGAGCGUGUCCAGGCUGAGCUGGACGAGGUUUUAGGGAGGGACCGCCCACCUGCUCUGAGUGACAGGUCCAGUCUGCCCUUCCUAGAGAGCGUCAUUUGCGAGGUGAUGCGGAUUCGUCCCGUCAGCCCGAUCCUCAUCCCCCAUGUUGCUAUGCAGGACACCAGUUUGGGAGGUCAUUCAGUUCCUAAAGGCACCAGAGUUUUGGUGAACAUGUGGGCGAUCCACCACGACCCCAAACACUGGGAGGAGGCCGACACAUUCAGACCGGAGAGAUUUCUGGACGGCUCUGGGAGGAGAAUCACUCCGGCCAGUUUUCUGCCGUUCGGUGCCGGUCCUCGCGUGUGUGUGGGUGAAUCUCUGGCUAGAAUGGAGCUCUUUCUGUUCGUCAGUCGUCUCCUGCAGAAGUUUAACUUCAGCGUGCCGUCAGGACGUUCUCUUCCAGACCUGCAGGGACGUUACGGUGUAGUGCUACAACCACAACACUACACUGUGAGAGUCACACCGCGCUACUGACAGACACACAACUACAAAUCCACAACACGAUGCUUCUGAGUUCAUCUCCUGUCACUUCAUGAGCUGCUAUUGAAAUGAAGAGAUGAGCUCGCUCCUGUGCGCUCCACACGGUCAUGUGUAGGAAACACAUCAUUAAUGACACUUAACAAGCCUGUUGUUUGAGAGCUUUAGGGUUCAACAGAAAUUGAACGUUUCCUCUUUAAUAUUUUUAAAUAAACAGUGAACAUUUACGUUCACACACACACAUUCUCUUCUAUGCACACGCACGCACA